AUGCCAUCGUCUCCUCCACCAGAAAACCAAGGUAUCUCUGCCAUGUGGUGGAGUGCGCGGAAUCCACCAGAAAACCCUCGCACUUCCUUCUCCGGCAAGACCGUCCUCGUCACCGGUGCGAAUAUUGGCCUGGGGCUCGAAGCCGCAGUCAAGUUCGCUACGCUGGGGGCGUCGCGCCUCGUUCUCGGCGUCCGAUCAAUACAGCGUGGUGAAGCGGCGAAAGAAGAGAUCUGCCGACGAGCGGGUUACAAGAGCGCAGACAUACAGCUGUAUCCACUCGACAUGAGCACCUUUGGAUCCGUCAAUUCUUUCGCCGAGAAAGUCUGUACGGCCGAAUCCCGAGUCGACGUCGCUGUGCUCAACGCGGGCGUUGCGGCAUCUUCGUACCAGUGCUCUGCGGAAGGGUUUGAGAUGUCACUCCAAGUCAACACGCUCUCGACCGCCCUGCUUGCCGUGCUGUUGUAUCCCAAACUCCAGAAAUCGGCAGAGCUGUCCGGCAAGCCAGCACAUCUCGAGUUUGUCGGCAGUGUUGGCCAUCGCAUGGUCAAGCCUGACGCACUCGAUGUAGCCCUCAGCAGCGGCUCGAGAGUGCUGGACCUCGUCAACGUUAAGAAAUUCUUCGACAUCGAGCGGCAAUACUUCACCACCAAGCUCUUGCUGAUGUAUGUCAUGGAGGGACUCGUGGCAGCAGCAUCUUUGUCGUCCACAGGCCACCAAGGCCCAGACGUGAUCGUCACGACAUGCUGCCCGAAUCUGUGCCGCACCAAUCUCGGGCGUGACUUCUCCUGCCUGCUGAAGCUCCCGAACUACGUUUUCCAAGCCGUCUUCGCCCGGUCAGCCGAGGAGGGAAGCAGGAUCCUCGUCAGCGGAACGACCUUGGGUAAGGACGCGCAUGGGCAGUUCUGGAGCCACGAUGUCUUUGACAAGAAAGGCGAACUGGUCACAAGUCCCAAGGGGAAGGUGUUGCAGAAGAAGGCCUGGAGUGAAAUUGUCGAGAUUUUGAGGGCGCACGUUCCACAGAGGGAAGAGUAUCUGCUCCUGCUCCCGUGCUAA